AGACAACUGAUUUAACAAAUUUGAUUGAAUUGUCGACAACAACAAGCAAUGGCCAAAUUAGCGUCAAUUCGUCACAACUAUGUAAACCAAACCAAAUGAGCGAUGUAUUAAACACGAAGGAUAGGGGCAGUCGCGGGUCGUCCACCACCACAUCACUCUAUGAAUACGAUUCAAUCAAAUUGGAUAAGGAGUGCAUCGAUGGCAAGGCAUCCAUAGGUGUGGCAGAUCUGGACCGCACCGACAGCACCGCCACCGGAGUCCAGCUAAAGGACUACGAUCUGAUCUGUUUGGAUGAGGAGCCGGAAGAAGUGCACCGGUCGUUGAACGCCUACCGGAGGGGUCCGCUGUGUUUCGACGCCAAAUGCAUAACAUUGAAACGCCGUAUCGGAAACGGCUAUUUCGGUGAUGUAUUCCUGGCCACCAUUCCGUCCACAUCCAGUUCGGCGUGCAUUCAAUUGGCCGUCAAAAUGCUUAAAAGUCACGCAUCUAUUCGUCAAAAGGCGGAGAUACUACGGGAGGCGCAAGUAAUGUCCAAACUGGACCACAAACACAUCGUGCGGCUGAUAGGGGUGUGUUCGGGCGACCCAUUCAUGCUGGUCAUGGAGUUGGCACCGUUGGGACCUCUAAACCGGUACCUGUGCGAGUCGGGCGCGCACAUGACCGACGAGACCUUGCUCAAACUGAUGCACCAGGUUGGCCAGGCCAUGCGCUACCUGGAGGACAAGUGUUUUGUGCACCGUGACCUGGCCGCGCGCAAUGUGCUCUUGGUGAGCGAACGAUUUGCCAAGGUGAGCGAUUUUGGCAUGAGCAGGGCACUUUCCAUUGGCAAAGACUAUUAUAAAGCGCGUAGCGCGUCCAAGUGGCCGCUCAAG